AUGUCCAAACAAGACAAGGCAACAACGGAAAGAAAUGCGAAGACGCUGAGAGAGAUGGUCAAGCGCCCAGGAAACAAGGUCUGUGCAGAUUGUAAACAUCCUCGCUGGGCAUCUUGGAACAUAGGCGUUUUCAUAUGUAUUCGAUGCUCUGGCAUCCACCGAAGCAUGGGGACUCACAUAUCGAAAGUCAAAUCCGUGGAUCUCGAUGUGUGGACACCGGAGCAGAUGCAGUCUAUAGAGAAGUGGGGCAAUGAGAGGGCAAACCGAUAUUGGGAAAUGCACCUCAAACCCGGGCACAUUCCUCUUGAUCACAAGAUGGAAUCAUUCAUUAGGUCCAAGUACGAGUCUCGACGUUGGGCAAUGGAUGGAACCCCGCCAGAGGAUCCAUCCGUGCUUGACUCGAGCGAUCAGAGCUCCAAACCCCCGGUGCGUCGUAUAUCCAUGGCAUCCGAACCCCCAGUUAAACAGGAGCCAACCCAGGAUCUGACAACGAAUGCACCACCCUCGAGUGCAAAACCUCCUCGACAACACACACUUUUGUCCACAGCUAUUCGUUCCAAGCCUGUUCAAGGAGCGCCAGUGGCACCGGCUCCCCCAACAACCGCCGUUACAUCUCCCCCAGUUCGGGACGACAUCUUUUCUCUUGACUUUACUCCUCCCUCAUCCAAUCCCCCUGCCCCAACCCCGAAGAGCGAUGUGAAAAACGACAUCAUGUCUCUAUUUUCUUCCUCAGCAGCCGCUCCUACGGUCAGUGUCCCCCAGCAGCAAACUAGCCUAGUCGGGCAUACCGGCGUUGGACAUUGGGGUGUUCAGUCAGGAUGGAGUGCGCAGCCUCCAGGUGCGGCCCCGAAUCCCUGGGGUUCAUUUUCAUCUCAACCGCAACUUGCCACGACCACGAUUCCUGCAUCGACUCCAGCAACUUCAAUCCCUAAUACGACAUCACAGAACAUUUGGGCUUCUCCACAACAACAACCCCUCCAACAAUCCAACGAUCUGUUUGGGUCCAACAUUACAUCCUUCAAGCAAACUAAGAAAGACGAUGCCUUUGGCGAUAUUUGGGGAGGUUUCAAAUGA